AUGGUUUGUGAACAAUUAAUCUCGCACAACAACAGGACUAGAUAUUGCGACAAUCUGUUUCCAAAUGAAGAUACUGAAGAUAAUAAUCGUUCAUGUCCAUCACUGGAUAGAAGGCUUAAACGAGAUCAAAAUUUGGAACGAUCAAUAUUAGCGAAAAUUCAAUCAAAUGAGUUUUAUCAUUUGCCAGGUUAUCAGGGCUAUAUACCUCAAGAAUCAUAUAUGUCUGGUUAUGGAAAAAGUGAAAUAAGUCGUCAAGUAUUUCGAAACCCGGCCAUCAAUACAAAACCAGAAAAAUUAUUUUCAAAAGUGAGAUAUGUUCGAGAUGGUGAUGCCAUUCGGGAAGAAGAAAGAAAAAAUGCGUUAGAAAUACGGCAAAGAUCGUUUGCAGACAGAAUUUAUAAACCCCAUAUAAUUGUUUCAGGUUACACAGGACAUAUACCUCGAUUCAGUGAAAAAUUUGGAAAAAAUGUGAAAGAUUUAUUUAUAGAUGAUUUCGAAGAUGAUCAAGCAGUUGAUCGAUACGCAAAGCAGGAUUUUCAAUUACAAAAACAAUUUGAUAAAAGACAAAUAACAGAAGCAGAUUUACCGAAUAAUUCAAUUUUACAUUAUGCACGCGAAGCAAUGCCAUUAAUACCAAUUAAUCAAAAUUCUGAGCCAUAUGUUUCAUAUGAGAAAGAUUGGACGAAUAGUGUUUAUAAAAUGUCGAAUGAUGAUUCCGACAAGCGUUUUAUUAGUGGUCUACUUAUCAAAGAUAAACCAGUAAUCCACGAUCGACAUCCAAUUUAUCCCUGUCACAGUGGUCUAACACCACAAUAUAUGGGAGAUGUUCCAGGUUUAAAAUUUCAAUUUGGUGGUACUUACGGGUCACAAACGGUGAAUGCAAAACAACAUCUUCUCCCGAAAACGUAUCUACUUAAUCCAAAAAAGAUUCGAUGUUAUUGUUGA